AUGGGAAUGCGUGCUGCGCGGCGGGUCACAUGCGACAGUGGUCGUCGACGUAUCGUUUUUAUAGAAAUAUGUGUUCGCGAGGCGACCGGACGGACUGCUCAACGAUAUUUUUUGCCGUCCAUUUCUUCGUCGCGGUACGUCGUACGAGUGAUAUAUUAUAAUAAAAUUAUUUUUGUACACACGACCUGCAGCACGCUGAGAGGACCCCGCGAAUCAAAGAAAAUGAGUAAGAAGACUUCGGACGACCCGGCUGAUGUCGAGAACACAGUUUGCGGGAUAUGGUUGUUCAAGCCCAAGUGGCUUCAGAUAUUUGCUAGCAAAAAGGUGUAUGUUCUCGUGUACGGGCUGUUGGGACUCAACCAAUUCAUGUUGUCCUCGUACUUCAACGGUACACUGACUACCAUGGAAAAAAGAUUUAAGUUCUCCAGUCAAAUGAGUGGGAUCAUUUCGAGCACUUGGGAUCUUUUUUCACUCAUAUCGUUCAUGGUGACGUCCCACAUGGCCGGCAAAGGACAUCGGACGCGUUGGUUGGCAAUCGGUUCAUUUCUCGUAGGUCUAUCCUGUUUUGUUCGUCUCCUGCCACACAUUAUUUACGGGCCAGGCGAAGAGAUACUUCAGUACACCGUCGAAUACGGUGCCAACGUGAACUCAACUUCUCUGCUCAGUAACAUCUCGCGACAAAACGAGAAAAUCUGCGACGGUCAACCACUAUAUGAAGACUGCAAUAACGAGCAAUUAUGGAACGUGGCCGCUUUCCUGUUCUGUGCUGCGCAUGCAAUGCUGGGAUUGGGCGGUUCGUUGUACUGGACUUGUGGUGCAGCGUAUUUGGAUGAUAACGUUCGCAAAAAUUCGGUACCCGUGCUUUUGGGUAAGAUUCGCAAGUUAAAAGAACCGGAAGAAAAAAAAGAACUUGUUUUAACCGAUUUCAAAACGUCUUUAAAACGUAUUUUGUCAAACAAAAUACUGGUGUUUAAUUCGGCAAGCAAUUCGUUCUUCGUGUUGGGCUUAAUUGGAUAUUGGACGUUCAUGCCUAAGUACAUGGAGACCCAAUUCAGACAGACGGCGGCAAAUUCCAACUUUGCAUCGGGCGCCAUAGGCAUUUUGAGUUCUGGUUUGGGUAUUGUGACGUCCGGCUUGGUCAUAUCCAAAUUCAAACCAUCGCCAAGGUCCCUGGCCAUGUGGAACUUCAUAGCGGAAGCUUUGGAGGUGGUUGGUCACUUAGCAUACAUUUUUCUCGGGUGCGCGGCAGAAGACUUGCACGGGCAGUGGAACGCGGACAAAACAUGGAACUUGACAAUGGACUGCAAUGUGGGCUGCAACUGUGGAAAAUCGAUGAACUACAAUCCUGUCUGUUCGUUUGACGGAUCCACCACGUUCUACUCGCCAUGCUACGCGGGAUGUACCCUGGAGACGAUCGUCAAUGGUAGCGUAAAGGCCUACAGUAACUGCACCUGUAUCGGUGGUUUGGGGACAGCCACCGAAGGAGGGUGUCCGGUUGCCUGCGGUCACGACUUCAUCAUAUUUCUCGCUCUGAUGGGCGUAAUGCGGUUCUUAUCGUCCACCGGUCGUUCGGGCAACACCAUCAUUCAGUUCAGGUCUGUACGGCGCAAUAUCCGUCGAUUUUUUGAAAUCGGUCAUGCCACUUGCAUGGUGUGGGGCGGUAACUGCGGUACCGAAGGUAAUUGUUGGCUGUACGACGGUAAGCGGCUAAAGUACUACUUGAACUUUACUGGAGCUAGUUUUCUAUUGAUCGGUACGAUACUGGACAUUGGUGUUUGGUAUCACGUAAAGGACCUGAAGAUCUACGAUGAUAGCCGUGACGAGAAAUCUUGCGAGAAGCAAUAACGAUAAAUCGAAAGAACAGCGUUUAUGUGUUAAACGAGAGUUAAUACUGUGUUGUCAUAUAAUCUAUAAUUAUCAAUAUACUGAAUAUUUGAUUUGUUA